UAUAAAACCAUUGGGCUCCAGUAGCUCCAUCAGUCUGUCCGCAAACACGCUUCCUCACCGCUACUUUUCAAGCAACAGAAGACGACAGAGAAGUGCGCGACCGUGUCCAGCAUGAAGCCCGUCCCUUUGGUCCUGCUCAUCACUUCAGUCUUACUGAGCCACAUCCCGCUGAGCUCCUGCCGACCCCGCGAUCUCAGCAGUCUCCACAACCAGCUUGACGACCUGCUGCUCGGCCGGCCAGGAGGAGGAGCAGACGCUAUGUCUGUCCUGAUGGGAGAGAAGCUCCUGCAGUAUUUACAGCGGAGCGCGCAGAAAGCAGCUCUUCACCUCCCGCAGAUCCCCGCUCCCCAGCAGGACAACAGUUUGGAGGAGCUCUCGGAGUUUUCCAAACGGAACGACGACCCUCCGAUCUCCAUCGACCUCACCUUCCACCUGCUCAGAAACAUGAUCGAAAUGGCGCGGAUCGAGAACCAAAGGGAACAGGCGGAACUGAAUCGCAAAUACCUCGACGAGGUUGGGAAGUAGCUGAAACGCCACGUUCAAUCGGCGAGUUAAGAACAAGCUCAAUGCACUCUUUUUCACAUCCCUAAACUGUCGCUAACGCAUCCGACAUCUACACUCUUAUAAAUAAAGGCUCUUCAGUGGUUCUUUGCAGCACCUUUGGUUCAGCAAAGAACAUUCACUCUUAAAAAUAAAUAGGUUUCCACAGCGAGGCCGUAGAAGUACCUUUUUAUUUUGGUUCCACAAAGAACCUUUAAGUGAAAAGUUCCUCAAACAUUUUUUUUUUAAUUGGGAAGAACAUUUUCAUAAAGAACCUGGAUGCUAAAGGUUCAUCAAGGAACACUGACACCAGUAAAGAACCUUUAUUUUUAAGAGUGCUCUGUCUGAAUCUGAAGAUCCUUCAGAUUAAGCUGUUGGUCAUUUAAAACACUUCUUCAGAAAGGUUCACCUGUUGCAUCAGGUUUUUCUGAACUUUUAUUUUUAAGAGUGGCAUCAGAAGAGCUUUCUGGUGACCUGCUGCUGUUUCCAUCACCUCUAGACUGGAACCGGAAACCACAAGUAAACACCUUCAGGGACGCGCAGGACCUGGGGUCGAUGAGGGGGUUCAUAUGUAACCUGUCAAUCUACAAUUGAUCUAUUUCAUGUUAUGAAUCAGACGAAGUCUUAUUAAUUCUUCACAAAUCCUAUUACACUCUUAAAAAAUAAAGGUGCCAGAAAGAACCAAACAAGGUGUUUCACCAUGAUCCCAUAAAAGAAAACGUGUGGAUCCCAGAGGAACCUCUAGUUAUAGUGCAAAGAAUAUUUGAUAAAUCUAUAUAAGCUUUAUUCCACUAUAAAUAACCUUGUUAGAUGCUGAAGGUUCUUCAUUGAACCAUUGAUGCAAAAAGAAACUUUAUUUUUAAGAGUGUAUUCCUCAUUAUUAUUAAAUAAUGAUCCAUAUCUAAAAGCAUUCUUCUGACUGAAGUUCAGGAUGGCCACUGUAAUAUUUAGUUUGGCUGGCUCAGUUGCGCCUCUCGCUUUGCCAACAGGAUUGUUCACAUGAAAUAAAACAGUCAACUUUUACCACACGCAUUCUGCCAGAUGCUCACUGUAUACCAAGUGCUGAAGUAUGUUCUCCUCAUGGUGGGAAACGAUGAUCUGUAGCACUUACCUACGUUUUGUGACAAUGUUGGACAAUAUUGCAAAGUGCUUGAGAUAUACUGUACAUUGUAUAUUGCUUAUCAUUAUGUAAAUUACAUAUUAUAUUGCACCUAAAUGCAUAAACAUGACUUUGUAUUUUGAACAUGAUUCUGCAGAAAUAAAUGAGACUAUAUGCCUUUUACAAGUAACUGCAAA